UCGCUUGACGAAGCGACAUCAUCAGUAGACGCCCUUGUUGCAGAUAACUCACAAGACGAUUUUGUUGUAUCAGCAAUACCAGAUCUUUACGACAAAGUAUCACGCUCGUCGACGCCAUCUGUCCCCCCUGGUCUGAGUCUGCCACACGCUCACCCUUCCCUUGUCACGUCAGAGGAGAAUUCGGCAAAGCCAACCUCUCGAAUCCUCCCCACUACAGCACCGUUCCAGCCAGCACGCAGCUCUAAUUUCAUUCCAGGAACUGCGACCCCAUUGGCGAAUGUGAUAUCUGGUCCAUCCGCAACAGUCUCUCAAGGCAAUCGAGUUCCACCCGUAGAGACAACAAUCUCGCAAGCCAAACAGGACGUGAAGUCUUUGGCCACAAGCACAGGACUUUCAAAGACCAUUGCGUCUCAAUCGUCGCAGCCAGGCCUGAAAUCCGAAGACUUUCCUGCGCUAGAAAGUAGUGGGAAGAACAAGGUUGACACGUCCAAGUCAAACACGUCCAACACGUCCAACACGUCCAACACGUCCGGGGUGGUUGCGAAAAAAUCCGCAACUGCUAAGUCGACCGUCGCAACUACUGUCGGCAAGAAGUCAGAUCCUUCCGCAGCCAGCUCCCAACCCACUCUGUCAAUUUCGAAAGCAGUUGAGAAGCGCACUGCUGCUGGCCUGAAUAUUUCUGUCCCGUCGAGAUCUACUGCCAAAAUUCCUACCGGCCCUGCUACUCCCAGCAAGUCUACUGUGCCACCUUCCGCCUUUCCUCCUCUACCGACAAGCACAUCUACCACAACUGCUGCCCAGUCACCGUUGACACGUAAAGCUCCUACGACUUUACGCCUCACUUCGACGCCGAAGACUGAGAUACCACCAACUGGAAUUGCGACACCUUCCUCGGUGACUUCUAUGUUCCCGCCUGCUUUUCCUCCAUCACGUCAACCAAGCUUAGCAUCAAUAACAAGAAUGGACCGCCCUGGAACUCCCACCAGUGAAAUGAUGUCUGACAACGCAUCCAUUACGUCCGCCUCCAUGUCCCGGGCUAGCUCACCACCACCUUCGAAUUUGAUAGGCUCUGCUCCUGUCCGCACCACAACGAAGAGCAUGCAGAGAAAGCAACGUAAGGAGGUACAAAGAGAGAAGGAGAAGGCUGAGUUGGAGGCAUCUACUGCCAAGACAGACCGUGAACCAGAGAUUGCGCCAAUCUUGGGUAGAAAGAAGAAGGUCAAGAAGGAGCGCACCACACACAGUGCCGCUGGAGGUUCUACACCUGCUGUCAGUAGACCCCCAUCUCCAGGUCCAUCGGAGCCAGCCGAAAGUCAAAAGGCGAAGGAGGAGAUGAUUCAACAACAGGCGAAAGCUGAAGAUAAAACUGUCUCUGUACAAGAUACGAAGCUCAAGGGCAAGGCCAAAUUGCAACGACAGCCAUCACCAGAACCCUUUCCAGCUGCUUCUGAGGUUGAGGAGGAAACGAUGAAUAAGCCCAUGGCUACACCGGCCUCGAUUCUCAAGGACCUCGUGAGUGAAGGUGCCAUCAAGGAUGCCAACGACCUGGCCUUCUUCAAGCAUCCUCCCUUGGCGUUCCGACACCCGGAUCCCAUUACCGAUCUCAGCUUCAACCAGAAGCUCACAAUUACUGCUGAUGAUCGCACUACCUUGCUCGCUGGUCGCUCAGUUCACAAGACUACGAAUGGACUAGUUAGAAUGAUGUUGACACCCAAUGGUGAAUGUGUGCGCAAUUUGACAGAGGAAGAGGAGCGAACUUACCUUGCCUUGCAACGUUCACUAGCAGAACAGUCAAGUGCUACUCACUUCGUUCCCUCUCGACACACUACUGGGAGUGGGUUUGCGUUGAUUGAGGGUCGAGCUGUGCCCAAUGGUCCACCAUCAUACUUUCCCACGUCGAACGCUGGUACUGCACCAAUGGAUCCAGUUGCCAAGAUCAACCGCGAUGAGGCACUCGGCUAUAUCAACCAGUUCGUCUUACCCUCGUUGUCCACCAAUAUGCAAUUGGAGCAGGCGUUGAACAGUAAUACACUUGAUCCCGAGGUCAUGCGCUCUGGUGCUUCUGCCGCAUGGGCUUCUUGGGGCACGGAUCCUACAAAUCCACAUCUCGAGAACAACGAAGGUGGCUACGGUGGAUCGACCAAUCGCGAGGGUAUGAUUGCUACGGGUAUCGAAAACAUGACGGCGCACUUGGCCAUCAGCGGAGACAUGACUCGCAACCAACCCAACACUGUUUCCCUGCUCAGCUUGCCCGAAUCGGAGACUGCUAUGCAACAUGCUAGGAAGGAUGCUGAUAUUCUGGAGAAGAAAUUGAGUGCUCUCAUCAAGAAGAACCGAAGAAUGGUGAUUGGAGGCAGUCAUUGA